UAUGUUAAUCUAGCGGUCGUAAAAUGUCACAAUUUGGUGUUGGCAACUGAGCGAUUACCGCGUGACAUUCAAGAUAAACAGAAGACAUGAGAGGCUCCCCAGCUUCAGUAGCACCAGUGCACCAGCGACGAACCCUCACUUUACAUCUAUGCUGCUGGAGCGAGUAGAGAUCCCAAAUUAAACACUAGUGUAGAGACAGCUUGGCGCCACAUCCCGACGUCACGAUAUGCAGAAGGGCUUUGAAGGCCAGUGGCUCCGGCCGGCGUCCCCUAUGGAGAGGAACUGCGAGGUGGGCCACCAGGAUGGCAACUUCCUUCUCUGCUACUAUAUGAGUCUUAGCACUCCGGAGCCUCUCCAGGAGGGACACGUCAGGCUGGCUCUCACACACCUCUACAGGAAAGUGAGGUGCCUCCAGGUGUGCAUUGCAGAACGAGACGGGGUGAUGUGGCUGAAAGAGGCGUCCAACCCUGACAUAGACUUCCAGGUGAUUCCCGAUGGUGAUUUCCACGAGGUGAUGAGAGAGCUGCGGGCGUACCGGUACUGCUCGGCCACUGGGCCCCUGUGGUGCGCUAGACUCGUGCCUGACACCACCUCACACCUCACACAGCCUCAUCCUAGCCACCUCCAGCCCGCCUACCCUCAUAAUCACCACCUGUUUCUCGGUCUGCACCACGGCAUUGUUGACGGCAUGACGGCCAUGGCUGUGUGCGGGUUCAUCGUUACACUACUCAACGAUGUCAUCGCUGGGAAAGCCAUCAAUGAUGAGCAGCUUGGGGAAUAUGUCAUACACGGAGAGACGAUACAAUUAAUUGAGGCUAAGAAAGUAGCGAUUGAGACUGAUCCUAAACUUCAGCAAGAAUUUGUCGACAAAGCCAGACUUCGGAAUGAUAAGCCGGCCUUGCUUAAAAGUGCAAUAAAAGUUCCUAAGCAGAUCAAAGAGGAAAGUCUGUUUCUCAUACGUGACUUGGAUUCGUCGACCACUAACAAGUUCCUCAACAAGUGCCGGGCUGAAGGCGUAUCUCUCAACUCAGGUUUCAUGGCUCUCGCUCACGUGGCGCUGGUCGACCUCCUGGUUGACAAUGGUAUUGUACAAGACACUUAUGAUCUCCUUACUUCCCACGCCAUAAACGCAAGACGGUAUUGGAAAAACACCACCUCAAUGGUCCUUGGCUGUCACGUCCUGGAUAACAUCGAGUUUUACACAGAUACUCCCAUAAACAUCUCAGAGAACUUCUGGAACUUUGCCCGGAAGAUCCACGCAGAAAUGCAGCAUCACUUGAAGACUGGUACGGUUCUCUGGGAGGAAGCCUUCAGGAAGCUGGAAAACAAAAGCAAUCACGACCCAAGGGAGUUUCUGGACGCGCCUUUACCAGCAGACUUCUACACCUCCAAUCUGGGCGACGUGACUUCGCUGGUGACGGAGGGGCGAGAGCAUGUAAGAGUGACCCGGGUCUUCAGGUCCAUCUCUAUCAACAAAAGGAAUGGAACCUGGAGCCACAUGUUCCACUCCUUCAGGGGCCAUCUUAUCCACGUCCUCGACUACAACACAAGGACAGUCACCACUCAAAUGGCUGAAUAUUACUGCAAACAGCUGUUCCAGCACCUGUUAGAAGUGCUUUAGCUGGUGUGAGAAUGUUUAACACUAGUCCGGUUACCACUGAAAAGUCUAAAUAUUACUGUAAACAACUGUACCAGUGUUAUUUAGAUGUUUAACGUGCUAUUGUUUAAGCAUUAUUUACAUUUCCAGUACAUAUGAUCAGUCAUACAAUAAUCUAAAAAGUUAAAUCAUUAUUUUGUAUAGUUAUUAAAAACGUAUACAUAAAUA